AUGUCACUAUCCGAAAAGAAUGUUGUCUCUAUACCUCCUCCUGCCAGGUGUGCAUCGGGGUCGACCAGCCCUACCAAUAGCACACUGGCCGGCAGCGAGAAUGCAAUUCCUCCGAGCUUGUCUGAAAAGCUCCAAAAGCCUUCCCCACGGGAGAGUGAGCUCUUUGACCUUGAGGCUCAGACAUACAAGAAGCAGAAGUUUGCCUUCAUCCGGUAUACCAUCUUGGAUAUCUACCGGCGGCUCUUCUCGCUGGUGUUUCUGGCCAAUGUCGGCGUGUUCGUUGCCAUCAUGACCACAGACCGCAAGCUUCUGGCAUUGGUGAACGCCACCGCGGGUAACUUGAUGGCCUGUGGACUGGCACGCCAGCCGUUGGUGGUGAACACUAUCUUCUUCGUUGUCUGCUCGAUACCUCGGUGGGCCCCACUGCGCCUGCGUCGUAUUGCCUGCAAGGUAUAUCAUUAUGGCGGCGUACACAGCGGCUGCGGCGUUGCCUCGUUCGUGUGGUACGCUGGCUUUGUCGGCUUGAUGUCCAAGGAGUUUUGGGCUCCAGCGACAGAAAUGUCCAUUAUCUCCGUCACGCCCGUCAUCCUGGCGUACAUUAUCCUGGUGUUCCUGCUGGCCAUCAUUGUCGUGGCUUAUCCGGCGUUCCGCUUCAAACGGCACGAUUACUUUGAGCUGACCCAUCGGUUCUCGGGGUGGCUCAUUGUCGCGUUGUUCGUGAUUCUGCUGCUGGUGUUUGCCGACGAGGCGAGCCGGGCCGCCGGCCAACCGCUCGGGCGCUUCCUGAUCGAACUCCCUGCAUUCUGGUUCCUGAUGGUCACGGUGGUGGCCAUCGUCCACCCGUGGGUCUUCCUCCGCAAGGUCAAGGUGCAACCGGAGUAUCUCUCCCCGCACGCCGUGCGUCUCCAUAUGGACCACACGACCACGACGUUCGGCAAGGGCAUCCAGCUCGCCACGCACCCGCUUCAAGACUGGCACGGGUUCGCCACGUUCCCGGACCCAGACGGCAAGUCGUUCUCGUGCCUGGUGUCCAAGGCCGGCGACUGGACCUCGGCGUGCAUCAAGAACCAGCCGACGCAUCUGUGGAAGCGGGGAGUGCUGAUCUAUGGGUUCGCCUAUGUGAUGCGGGUGUACAAGCGCGUGGUGGUUGUCACGACGGGGUCCGGCAUUGGCCCCUGCCUCUCCUUCCUGGGUGACGACAACCGUCCGGACCUGCGCGUGGUGUGGCAGACCCGCGCGCCGGGACGGACGUAUGGACCGAAGAUCCUCGAUCUGGUGAAGCAAAUGGACCCGGACCCGGUGAUCAUCGAUACAAACUCAUCGGGACGCACGGACAUGGUGCCGAUCAUCCGGCAGCUGGUCAAGGAGCAUGAUGCGGAGGCAUGUGAGAUCGGAUGA